AUGAUCCUUCUAGGCUCGUUAGCAACUUGCACGAGUUUAAUUACGGUUCUCGGUAAUAUAAUUGUCAUUCUCUCCUUCAUAAUCGAUCGAACUAUUCGACAACCGACGAAUUAUUUCAUAGCAUCUCUGGCGGUUAGCGAUUUAAUAAUCGGUUCGGUAUCGAUGCCAUUUUAUACGCAGUACCUUCUGGCCGGCGAGAGCUGGGUUCUCGGUCCGAAUAUGUGCGAUUUGUGGCUUUCCAUAGAUUAUACCGUUUGUCUCGCAUCGAUAUAUACCGUUUUUUGUAUCACCAUAGAUCGGUUCUGUUCGGUAACCAUACCGGCCAAAUACCGAGGCUGGCGGACCGAAAGGAAGGUGCUGCUGAUGAUAGCGGUUACUUGGCUAUUACCGUCUCUAGUAUUUUUUAUAUCAAUAUUUGGCUGGCAGUAUUUUGUCGGCGAGAGGACGGUUGGUGAGAAGAAAUGUUACGUUCAAUACAUGGAGAGUGCGCUAUUCAACUGCGGUCUCCAAGUCGGAUACUUCUGGAUUACGCUCAUAAUAAUGUGCAUCUUGUACGCCGGUAUAUACCGGGUCGCCCUGAGGAUGGCCGCAAAAUCGGAGCAGAAAUAUAAAAAGAUGACGAGCAUUGUUUCAGUG